CUUGGCAUUUGUAUGGCAAAUUUAAAAAUAGCGUUCGAAGUUGGCGGCUAUGCUGUUAGGCAGUCGAGACCGAAGUUUGUAUUAUUUCCCCUUUGACACCAGGAUGAGCAAGAAAGCAGGCAGCAAAAAGGCGGUGGUGGUGGCGGCGGACGAGUUCCCGGAUGAGCCCAUCGCGCUGCUUCACUUUGAUGAGAAGGAAGACCGUCUUCAAGUGAACGAACAGGCCAUGGAUAUCCUCCAACGCAUCGAUGGCAAGAUUGCCGUGAUCGCGAUGGCGGGGCUGUAUCGCACGGGCAAAUCGUCCAUGUUGAAUUGGCUACUUGGCAAGCAGAGCGGAUUUCGCGUCGGACCGACCGUCGAGCGAUGUACACGAGGCAUUUGGCUGUGGGGACGGCCGCAGCAACACACGUUGGCCAACGGCGAGCAGUGCUGGGUCCUCAUGCUCGACACGGAAGGUCUCGGCGGGCUAGAAGCGUCGGCGCAAUACGACGUGCGUAUCUUCUCCCUCGCGACGCUGCUUUGCUCCAAGCUCAUCUACAACAGCCAAGGGAGCGUGGAUGAGAAAGCAGUCAACGGUCUGUCGUUCAUCGCCAACAUGACCAAGCACAUCCGCGUCCGCGCCGAGGAAGGCGACGGCCAAAGCGGCGGAGGGGACGAGAUUUCGAGCUUCUUCCCGUCGUUUACGUGGGUCGUGCGCGACUUUACGCUCGAGUUGGUGGACGAAGACGGCGACGAAAUCACUCCCACAGAGUACCUCGAGCGCGCGCUGGCGCCGCAGCCCGGACUCACACAGGCGGUGAUGGAGCGCAACCGUGUGCGCCACAUGAUGACGGCAUUCUUCAAGGACCGCGACUGCUUUACGCUCGUGCGGCCAGUGUACGACGAAGGCAUGCUGCAGCAAGUCGACUCGAUCCCGAUCACGGACUUGCGUCCAGAGUUUCAAUCGCAACUCGCCAAGUUGAAGGCGUCCAUCUUCAACCACCUUCAACCUAAGACCAUGAACAACAAGCCGCUCAACGGGUCCAUGUUCGCAGGCCUCCUCGUCGCGUAUGUGGAUGCGAUCAACCACGGCAGCGUGCCCACGAUCAGCUCAGCGUGGGAUGGCGUCACGGCCACGGAAUGCAAGAAGGCCAUGAAGACGGCGACGGAGUCGUUCCGCGUGGCGGCGGGACUGUUGGAACUCCCGCUCGAUGCGGACGAGUUGACGGCGGCGCUCAAGUCCGCGGAAGCCGACGCCGUUGCCGUGUACCGUAGUUCGGCGAUGGGCGACGCCUCGACUAAGUACGAAUCGGACUUAGCCGAAAAAAUCGAAGCCGAAAAGACCACGCUCAAAAAGCAAAACCGCGCCGCGUCCAAGGACUUUUGCGAUCGCCUGCUGCAGACGUUGUUCGCCGAGAUCAUCCAACCUCGGUUCUCGGAUGACAAGAAUGCGUACGAGGACAUGCAGGAGUUUGCGCGGGAAUGGCUCAAGUUCCGCGAAGUGUACCUGGAGAAGGCACGCGGCGGCGCCAAGCUGGACGCGCUCCUAGCGUUCUCCGAGACCAAGCACGCCGAAGCGAUGCGGUUGUUGCUGAGUCGACAAGAAGACAAGUUCGAGAAGAAGCUGCGUGCGUUGGAAGCCGAGGCGGCGUCCGUGAAGGAAACUCUCGGCGCGAUCGGCGGCCGCGAGCAAGUGUACAAGCAGCAGAUUGAAUCGUUGCAGUCCGAGACGUCCGACAUGAUGGGCGAAAAGGCGCGGUAUGCGGCGGACAUCGAAUCCCAGCAAAGGAUGAUCGAGCAGUUGCAGUCUAAGCUCCAAGCAGAGGCUGCAGGGAAGCAGCACAUGGACUUGGAGAAGGAACAAGUCGAGCUCCAGCUCAACGCAUUGCGUGGCCAAGAUCGCGAAAAGGAAGACGAGCUCGCACGCUUGAAGGCGCAGUACGAGAAGCUCAUGAAGGAGAAGGAACGCACCGAGUUGGAGCUGAGCAUGGCGUCCGGCGAAGUGGACUCGCUCAAGCACGGUCAAAAAUGUGGCUGUUCGAUUCAAUAAGUCGAGAUAAUGAAUGUGAGUUUGAGCGCUACAACGUCGCUCGUCGUCGUAUUCUGUAUAUUGUCGUGGUAAAAUGAGGAUCUACUUAGCUCGGGGGAACGCGGGUUACCAACGGCGACACGUACGGCUUGAGCUUGAAUCCUGUCAAGUCGGGCACUUGGAGGUCGAGGAGCUUGUCCACGUCGAGCGUGUACCCGCCCAACUUUGCAUGGACACCUUCGUUGCGGCAUCCCUUCCCUUUGUAGAAUCGCUUGUUUGCGCGCUUCGACGUCAACGGACGCAGCCCGUGGCUCUUGCCGAACUUGCUUGCUCGCAGCACCAACCCGUCCAAGAAACCCAUCGUCGUGACCGUGAAGUGUAAAUGGCAGCGAUGUG